GAAGUUUCCAUACAAAUAAUGUCAGAAAUUUCUUUGAAUUCUCUAUUCAUGGUUUUGAAAGCUAUUUUUCCAGGUUUUUAAAAUUUUUUUGUAUUUUUACCGGUACCAGGGAUCGAACUCACAACCAUGCACUUGCAAGGCAGGUACUUACGCUGCUGAGCUAAAUCCCCAGCUCCUUUUUAUAGUUUCUUUAGGUUAGUGAUUUCUGGGGAGAAACCAAGGAGAUACAUUAUGAAUCAAAUUAUGCUUGAAUUUUUGUUUCAGAAAUGUGUGUGCUGUUUCAAUAUAAGAACAGUACAUUAAUCACUAGGUGGAACCAAAGAGUUUACAUUUUGAAAUGUCUUUAACUGUGUAAAUGCAAGGUGCAGUCCCCAGUCUUUGUAUGCAGUGUUUUGAGAGGUAGAGAAGGCAUUAAAGCCAAGUCUCACUUUCCAGAUUUUAGGUAAACAAGGGUCAUCAUUAGUGAAGCUGGGCAUGGUGGCAACAUGUCUGUGAUUCCAGCACUUGAGAGGCUGAGGAAGAAGGACUGCAGUGAGUUUUGGAUUACAUAAGGAGAUCCUGUCUCAAAAAAAACAGAAAAAUUAGUUUGGGGAAUAGUUAAGCAGAUGGUACAUUGCUGUCAGGUGUGAGUGGUUAAUGAAUUAAACAUUAAGAGAUCCUCCUUGGGAUAGAAAUAACAGAAGUGUUACCCUAUACAGGGUAGGGAUGUUUAACAAGGGUUUUUUGUUUCUUGGUUUUUUUUUUUAAAGGACAGUGUGGUUCCUAGCAAAAUUGAGAAGGCUCAGUGGGAUCAGAGAGCCAGAGGAUGGGGAAGUGAAGUCUUAGGAACACGGCUUGAAAAUUUUACCUCAUUUGUAUUUCCAUUUCUGUGCUUUCACAGUUGGAGCUUUUUCCUAGGUCGUCUUCUAACUCUCCUGUGUUUGUUAAUAGUUGUCUUACACAGUGGUUGAAAUGGUAUCUUUGAAGGUUUGUGGUUUGUGUUAAUGGGGCUGGUUUUAGAACCAGACUGCUUGGGUUCACAUUUAGGCAAUUGAUGUGAACCAAUAAAUGUAAUGGAAAUAGUCAUGCCUAGGACUUCAAUGAUUAAAUGUUUCAGGUUACACAAAGUGCUACUUGGUGUUUGUUGUGUAACUUAAUGUGUACAAUAGUUAAAAUGGGUAAUAGUCUUGGGUUUGAUGGGCAAGACAUUACAAAUAAUGAGGUGAGUGCUUUAGGGGGAUGUACAGGAUGGAAUAGAUGCUUUGGGAUGUCUGGAGCUCACUUUCACUAGAAUGAUCAGAUAGUUUUCUUUGUGCUGCUUUUCUUGAUGGUUGUCAAAGCAGCUGAAACACUGUUGUUCCCUUCUCUCGGUAAAGUUUAAGGCCAGAUCUUUUAAAAUUUCAGUGUCGGAUAUACAGCAUAUGCUGUUAAAUGCAUGUAUCCCCUUGUAGCAAGUUAUUACCACAAUUUAGGUAGCUAAAAUACUUUGUCUUAAUGUCUGAUGGUGUUAGUAGAGCUGGGGCCCUUGUUACUUCAAAGUUUACAGAGAAUGUUCCCUUGCAUCUUCAAAAUGGAAACUGCUUCUCUGUCUUUGAUUUUCUUGCCUUUUGUGAGAGCACCAUUAUUGUGAUGUUGGGCUAUCAAAAUAAUCCAAGAUAGUCUCCCCAUUUUAAGAUCCACAAAGUAAGUCCCUUUUGUUGCCUCAAGGUUACUGUGCACUGGUUCCAGGAGAGCAUUUGGGAACCUCUGGGCCAUUUUUUGACUUAAUUUCUGGCUGGCUGGCUAGUCUCAAAACAAACUUCAUAUGAUCCUCUUUUGUCAUAGAAUUUCUUGGAAUCUCAACCUUGUUUUUUUUUUUUUUUUUUUUUUGGUCUUUUUUCCUUUUUAUCAGUACCAGGGAUCGAACACAUGACUGCCUGCUUGCAAGGAAGGCAAAAUAUGCUGCUGAGCCCCUCAAUCUUUUUCUGUUGCUCUGCCUAACCACUUAGAGGACUUGAUACUUAACUCUAGUCUGUCACUUAGGACAGUGCUGCUACUACCUAUCAGAGGAGUAGACUUAAAAUUUUGAUUGAGGAUGGUGGUGGUACAUCUCUAAUUCCGGCACUUGGGAGGCAGGAGGAUUGUGAUGUGAGGCCAGCCCAGACUACAUACUAAGAUGCUGUCUCAAAAAACAAUAAAAUUUGCAUUUUCUAGUUGCUGUUAAAUUGAAGUCACUGGAGUUAGGGGAUGUUGGUAAGGAGGAGUGUUGACUGAAAUUGGGUUUAUGGAAUGAUGUAACUUCAGAAAUUGUGUAGAGAUAAUGGUAGACAGUAAUAGAGUGUAGUAGGGGGCUGCAGUUUAUGCUCUGUAGACUGGAGCAUUUCACAAAGGCAAAAUUUAGAUACCUGAGGAUCUUUUGAGAAAAGGUGAAGUAGCAAGCAGUGGAGUAAUAGCCAAGGGGACUAUUUUAAGGUACUGGAGAAUGAACCUGCAUCCCCAGCUGCUUUGCAUUUGUGGGGUUAUACGAAAUGGCCCAGGUCAGCUUGUGAUCAUCCCACCUCAGCUUCCAAGUAGCAGGGAUUACAGGCAGUGGCCCUGUACCUGCCCUGAAGAUGGCUUCCCCAGUGGUGGGGAGGGAUUGGGCUUGCAGGCUAGGCACGUGUCCCCCACUGUGCCCCUGCCUUUGGCCCCUUACAAAGAGGCAGCACAACAUGUUGCUUAACACUGUCCUGCAUGGGUUUUUACACUUGGUAACCCUGAGUUUGAGUCGGGGUAGGUGAGGAGCGUGUGCUGUAGGCUUGUUAGGUAUCUCUGUUUCUACACGUGGGUUUUAACUUUCCCUCACCCACCUCCAUACAUCCAAGUGUUGGACCAGUAUUGUAUUCCAGGUCUAAUACUGUGCAAAUCAGUGCCAGGCUUCACACUGGAAGGACAUCUAACUUCCCAAAGGAAAAGAAUUUGACUUUGUUGCCUAUAUGGAGAUAACUGGACUAAUACAGGAUUAGAGAAAUCGAGACAUAGGGCAGCCUGGUUUCUUUUUUGAGUUCCAGGUACAGUCCAGUAUAGAAGCUGUUGGGCAGCCCCUUCCCACCCUGCCUUCCUGACCACUGCCACCCGGCUUCGGCUCAGCAUUUGCCCCCACUUUCAGCCUCCCAUAGCUGUAAUCUUGAGGGUGACACCGUUCUAUAGGGCUUGACAAGAGAGGGCACUAGUGGCCUAGUCUCCCAGACAUACUCUGCCCAGUGCUGUACCUGGGCCCAUUUGCAUGACUGGCCUCUCGGCCUCUCAAGCGGAUCCCAGCAGGAGCGACCGCAGGCUCCUAGCAACGGCGGCCUCGGGUGGGCGCCCGGGGCAUCCCCGGGCAGCAGCCGUUGAGCCGCUGGCGGGGCUGAGUGGCGGGCACGCUGCGCUCCGGGGCUUCGCCGCCGGGCUGCCAGCCGCAGAGCAUGCUCCCCGCAAGAGCUGCGCCAGUACGAGCUCGCGGCCGGCCUCCCCGCCGGGCUGCCGCCCACCGCCCCACCAUGCAGCGCCCGGGAAGGGUCCGAGGCUCGGCUUGGCCCCCGGCCGCCGCUGGCUCCCACGGUGCACCUUGCCUCCAUUGGCUACGCUGCAGCCACCACCUGCCGUGGCGCCGCGGGGCAGGCACCCGAAAAAGCCUCUUCCAAAGCCCCUUCCAUCUGCAGAGCCGCGGGAACCCAUCACAUUUUCAUCAACACUGUUGAAAGAAGAAGAAAAGAUGUCAGUGCUGUCCCCUGAAAUGACGCCCGAGACUUCUAGAGUCACCAGAAGCUCGCUGGACGGUUGUUUUCUUCUUGAGAGUAGCUGGAGGAAAGCAGUGUUAGCAACACAGAAAAUAAGGAAAGAAUACACCACCACAUUUGGUCUAGAAGAGCUUAAAGAACAUGUCAAAAUGCCACACUUACCAAGACUGCAGAGGUGCCAACAGAAUGAAAGUUCAACUCCGGUGGAAGUUCACAAACAGCUACUGCACGCUCACAUGGAGAUGCCUACAGUCAGGAUAAAGAAGACUAAGAAGAUGUGUACCAUGGUACCACUUCAAAAGAAAUCAAAAGACUCUGGCUUCAGUGACCCUCUCAUUGGAGCAUCAUCUGAGUACUUGCAGAGACUUUCCAGAAUGGCCAUAUUGGAGUACAAUACCAUUCGUCAGGAAACAUCCAAAAAAUUUAAAAAAGGCAAGAAACAAGAGCAACGAGACUGCUGACAAACGUCAUAGUGUGGUGCUUUCUUCAUCUGCUCUUAAGUUCAUUUGCAGUUUUCCUUUCUUUUUUUUUGAUAUGUGAUAUGAUGUGCAGUGAUUUACAUACAAUGGAAAUGUAAAUAGGAAAUAAAUAUUUUAUGUCACAUAUGGAAUAACUUCUUUUGUUAACAUUAGAAAUAUACAGUUGAAUUAUAGGGACAUAAAAUAUAGGAGAAAUUAUAUUCCAUGAAUUUUAUUAAUUAAUUAAUCAAUUAAUUUCCACAAUCCUGAGAUUGGACAGAGGGCCUUUGCACUGUACAUGCACAGCCUUUUUAUCUAUUUGUUUUUAUUUUGAGGCAGGAUCUUGCUAAAUCACUAAGGUGCCCGAGUUAGACCUGAACUUGCCAUUCUUCUCGGUCUCCUGGAAUGCUGGGGUUACAGGUGUGCAUUAUCAUGCCUGGCUUGAUUAUGUCUUCCGAUUUAAUUUAAUAAAUAUUUUUGAGUGCA